GCAUUUACAGAGAAGAAGGAAAAUGCAUUCUCAAGCCUUCAUCCAAUGUUUACUUCUGUAAGGAAACUGAUCAUGCAAUGGUGAUUUUGGAAAAUAUGGACACGGAUUUAGAUCACAGGAAGCUCUCUCCACCUGUAUUAAUAGCUAGUACCUUUGUGGACACAUUCAGUGAAGCCAUAUCAGAGGGAUCUUUCUGCUCCAAAGAACUUUCUGUGAUAUUUUACUCUCUACUGCCAUCAAACAGCCUUUCAAAGAUUUGCUUUGCUGGACCAGUUCCUUGGUCAUUAAGACUCUACUUUAAUGGUGGUCAUGGCAUUGCCAGAGUACUUUUAGCUAUCUCCUAUGAUGAACCAAGAAGCUUUCAUGUUUUUGUGAAAGAGAACACUAUCCAACCUGUCUUGUUUUUUCCCAGCCUUUUUUGGGAAAAUGCCACAACAGGAACUAAUUACUUCAAUUUCCAGGAGAAUCUUCUGUAUGUUGCUGUUCACUGGGAUGAACCUAUAGAAAUACAUACACACAAUGCUCUUCAUAUUGCUUUCACCAUAUUAAAGGAUAUUAGAGAGAAAGCUCAUGCAGUGCUUAUUCAGCAAUUGGCAGGUUUUUUACAAAUUGGGCAGGAUGAAAUUAGAGCAGUCUCCAGUACUUCAGGAAAUGAAGACACAUUAAGGAUUAUUGCAGACAACAGUAUGAAGAAGAAAUAUCAGUGUCCUCCAGAGAGGUCAUGCAUAUUCACUCAUCAUAGCACCAGCCGACAGGGGAAUUUGCAUCCAUCCCAUGGCUUGAGAGUGCUGAUACUUGAAAUCAGUGAUCCGUUACACAUUUUAAAAUAUAAACUUGCUUCCUUGUAUUCAAGUGUCAGAUUAAACAGUUUGGCCAGUACGCUAAUUGAUGCCCAACAAACUGGGACACUUCAGCAUAUUCUCAGAUUGCCAGUUGAUUCUCUGGUGGUGAUGGUUUCCUCAGCUUCAGUUCCAACAACAGAAAAUUCUAGAAAUGGAAGUAGCCCAACUUCAUGGAGUUGCCUCUAUGUCCGUCCUUACAGCAUCUCUGUCUGGAUUCAACCCUCCAAUGGAGUGGUGGAAAGGCCACUGCUGAGGCAACCACAAAUAUUUUUUCUGGACAAACAGGGACGGAGAAUUGUGUCUUUAGGUUUCCCUUCCAAACCAUGGAUUGUGACAGUUUACCUCAAAAACUGGCCAGAAAUUAUGUUGAAAGGUAACACAAGAGUAAAGGUCAAAGAUGGACAGGCUAGCUUUCAGAAUUUGAUUGUGUCCAGCUCUUGCUCCGACUGCCACCUCAUUUUCAAAGUUACUUCUCCUCCAGGUGCUGCUUUAUCUGUUGAAUCAAGUUCUUUUACUGUUUUCCCUGUUGCUGUAUCAGAAAAAUCCGCCAUCAUCUUUACUGCUCUCCUGUGUUCAGUAGCCUCCAUGCUUGUUUUGGGAUUUGUUCUUAUUUGUUGGCUCAAGAAAAGCAAGAGAAACAAAAAUAAGCUCAGACAAUCUCAGAAGAAUAAAAAAUGCUCCCAAAUACAGGAAAAACAAACAAAUUGUGGUCUCCAUCAGCACUGCAUUGAGAAAGGAAAUGAACAUUCCACUUCUAAGAGAGAAGAUAUAAAACUGUGUGAAGAACUUACAGAAGAGCCAUUAAAGAAGUUGCAUCAAAAAACAUUGAGCCCCACAUUAACAGGAACAGCAAAUGAAAUCGAACAAGACCAUUGGCUCAAUAAAAGGAAAUCAACCAGGGAGUCUCUGGAGCUUCAGGAACUUCACAUCAAGGAGCUUAAUGAAUGGAAGAAGACCAAACAGCAUAUCAUUGACUAUGUUCAGCAUAAAGAAAUGAAAGGAGAGCAAUUCAUAGACCAAAAACAUAAAAAACACAAAGAGAUGCCUGUGACAAGAUCUGAAGAAGAUGUGAGGGGAAAACAGGAAAUUACAGUAUCAUAAUAUCUAAAUGUUCCUGAGUGUUUGGCUGCUUUUGGACUUCUUAUUUGUAAUGUAACUGCAUAUUUUGAGACAUAGAAAAUGGAGAUAAUUUGUUUAAUUUUUAGAGUGAAAUGAACAAAGACCAAUGGGCAAGUAAUGCUCCUAUGAGCUGUUUCUAGCAUAAAUCACUAGAGAUGGUUUUAGUGGUGUUUUGUUAUCUCAUGAUCACUGUUAUUCCUCUUACUUACUGAUUUUAGCCAUAUUAUGUAUAUUGCCAUGGUGGUGCAGUGGUUAGAAUGCCGUAUUGCAGGAUAACUCUGCCAACUGUCAGCAGUUCGAUCGUGACCGGCUCAAGGUUCACUCAGCCUUCCAUCUUUCCAAGGUCAGUAAAAUGAGGACCAAAAUUGUUGGGGGCAAUAUACUGACUUUGUAAACCACUUGGAGACUGCUCUAAAGCACUGUGAAGCACUAUAAAAAUCUAAGUGCUACUGCUAUUGCUAGAGGAGAUGUAGAAUGGUAAAUCAACUGCUGUUUUUGUUUGCCUUGUUACAUGCUUAUUUAGUUGUGGGCCUUAUUUCAGAAAAUAAUAUUAAAUCAGUAUAAUCAUUUAAACUAUAAAAUUGUUUAACUAAAUAAAAUAGUUUAAAAUGCUAAGGCCAUGGGAAAUGAUACAGACAGACCUUUCCAGCACCAUUUUCAAGAAAUGAGUCAAAGUCUUAUGAAUAAAAGUUGAUUCAGAAUUUACACUGGCCUUUGGAAUUAGCAUCUCCCAAAACUACUGUCCUAGCAUGUAGUCCACUAGAACUCACAAAAUAAGCGGGAUCAAUAUAGUGACUUUUCUCAUUUUCAAUAUGAAUAGAUGUAAAGAAUUUCAAGUGAAGGCUUGAAUCAUUCCAUCAUUUCUGAUAAAUUAUAUCCAAUAAUGUAAAUUUCAAUUGGAUUAGCACUGCAAGUAUUUUAUGCUAUUACCGUAAUUUCUAAUGAAGAUUGUAUGAGUGUAGUUCCAUGUGCAUAAAGAUAAAGGUAAAGGUUUCCCUCACA